UCAUUUCUUCGUUUGCGACAGUCGGUUUUGUCCUGUUUGACAUAUUUUUCAGCGUUGGAAAGACUUGGAAAAAAAGAAAUAAUGAAAACGCUUUUGUCCGUAGUUGCAUUCUGCGUCGUGUUGGUGACCAUAAACGCAAAAGAAUCUCCCCCCAAGGUGCAGGUGUACAGCCGUAACCCAGGGGAAUAUGGGAAGGACAACACCCUGAUCUGUCACGUGAGUGGCUUCCACCCCCCUGACAUCAGCAUCCAGCUCCUGAAGAACGGCGUGGAGAUCCCCGACGCCAAGCAGACAGACCUGGCCUUCGAACAGGGAUGGCAGUUCCACCUCACCAAGAGUGUUGGAUUCACACCAGCCAGCGGAGAGGAGUAUACCUGCAGAGUCCGCCACCUGAAGAAUCUGAAGACCUACACCUGGGAAUCAGAUAUGUAAGGCUUCGGUGUUCAUCGCUGCAGAAUACACCAGCCUCUGAGAAUCUCCACUCCGGACAUUCCUGGGAAUCAUCUCCACAACACUGUCCUGUCUAAA